CAAGUUCAGUUUGAAUUUCGUUUCUGACGCGACGGACGGGCCCUUUUCGUGGUUUCUCGAAAUUAGACGACUAUUUUAAUAAGCGUGUAUAUUUUCGCCACAGAAUAAGAGGCGAAGGAAGGCGGAGAAGUGGCAUUCGUGUCAGAUAAUAAUAAGAAACGAAGGAUAGGAAGAAGGAACGAAAGAAAUGGCGAGCGUGAUUCCCGACGAGCAAUAUGAAACUCAGUUCUUUGGGUUUUCUCCUUCCUCGUUUCUCGAUGGAGUGAAAGGGCUUAUUUUGGACCGGCUCAGUGAGGCAACGGAACAACUGGAAGGCCAUCUCACUCAGAUCCCAGAGGAAAUCAUUUCAAAGGAAGAGGUUUCAAAAGGCAUUGGCCUCUUGCAUCAGCAGACUGACAGCAACUACACCAAAACGAUGCAGAAACUAGAAGCACACAUCCUUGGAAAUGUGAUGAAAAUCCCUUCCCAUGUGCUUCUGCCAUCAGAUAUUGAACAGCAGUCUCAAGUAUCUGCCUCUGAUAUUACCUUGUUGUACACAGAGAUGGAGAAACUUCGGACCCAGUUGAAAAAUGAGAAGCUAAUGCAAGCCAAACUUAAGGAUGAGCUGCAGGACAUUGAGCAGGUCCUGGAGGAACAACAGAAGAUGAAGGCCGAGGUGUUUAACGAAGGCUGGAUGACACAGCUUGAAGAGGCAAAGGAGAAACUGCUCUUCGUCCAAGGGAACGAUGAGGAGACGCUGGCUGUUGCAGCAGCAAUUCAGAAGAAGGCAGCAGAACUCCAGAUCAGCGGCAACACGCCCAGUGCUGUGCAGAUUCUAACGAAGGAUAUUCUGAAAUAGUUGCUGGCUUCUCUGGCUUUUCCUGUGUGAUCUUCAUAAACUUCAAAUUUGUCUUCUCUAACCUCUUUUCAAUCACAAAUUUCUUUUCCGCAAAGUUAUUUUAUUAACAAAUUGUAAGCUUUAAUAAAGAAAGGAAUUAUAGCAUAUUAA